GUGAGUGGAUUUCGUUCACAGAAACUGAAAGCAGACUGUUGUAUAUAUAUGUGUGUGUUUGUACCCCUACCAUCGCUUGACAACCGAUGUUCUAGCAUGGCCGCAAUCACAUGACCAAAACAAAUAAAACAAUAAAAAAAACUAUAGCAUUUUAAUCCCGAGCAACGCCGGGCAUCUCUGCUAGUAUAUGUAUUCCUGUAUAGGAUUCACACUUGGUUGGUUGGCAAUUAUAAAUAUAUACUAUUUAGUAGGUGAGGGGUGUUUUAAUCAGUUAAAUCGACCCUUGUAUAUGACUGGUACUUAAUGGUAUCGACCCCAGAAGCAUGAAAGGGAAACGUGACACUAGGAGGCCGUGAAAUCACAACCAAGGCGGCCGUAACUAAAUACUAUAAGGUAUUUCGUCUGACGUACCAAGCAAUUCUAUUUCUUUGUUGAAAUAUUUCGUUUCCUACUUCCAGUCACUUUCAGUUUAAGCGGAAAUUUUGUUCUGCUAAAUAUAGAAGUUUUCCAUUUUUCCCUCUUUUUUUUUAUUGUAUAUAAUUAUACAAUAGGCCACGUCCUUCGUAAACAAUAAAAGGGCGAGACAAGGACGGAGCCUUCGAUCUGAUUAAAAAUAGAAGCUAAAUUGGCAUAACUACAGGGUUUUACCCCCCAGACUUUGGGGGGUAAAACCCUGUAGUUAUGCCGCUAAAUUUCCUUUAGAUCUUACCUUACCUUCUAAAAACAAAAUAAAAAAAAAUACUUAGGUAUUGUUGUUGUAGGUUCUUUGCACUGACGAGAUGGUCACGGCUGGAAAAACUUUGACUUUAAUCAAACAUCUCCUCUGUCAGGAAUAAUCUGGAGUUAAACAACAAUAGCAAUAACAGGAACAAUAAUAUAUCGUCGGCAUCUCUGUAGUUAUGCCAUAUCGUCUACCUUACAUUAAUAAACUAACAUCUUCACAAACUAUUUACCUUUCAUUGUAUGUAAUUUAAUUAAUGUAUAAACUAAUGUUAAUUAAUUAAUUUUUAAUUUCUAAAGCAAUUUAAUUAACUCUACUAAUUAAUUUAUAUUUUAAUAUGAAGUAGUGUGAACCGCACUGAACCAUGUUCGACUAAUUAUAAGGUGGUUGUUUUAUAACCAAUUAACUAAUUAAAUUGAACACCGUUGUUUUAAAGGGACAUUUGCAGUGAUGGGUGUUUACAUUGUUCUCCACGAUCCAAUUCAUGGUUCUGUUGAAUUACAUCCAGUUUGUGUGACAAUUAUUGAUACUGUUCAAUUCCAGAGACUUCGUAAUAUCAAACAGUUGGGAUUAUGUUAUUACGUUUAUCCCGGAGCCUCGCACAAUCGCUUCGAACACAGCAUUGGAACUUGUCAUCUUGCUGGAGAAUUCAUUCGACAUCUAAGAAGGCACCAACCCGAACUGAACAUCACCGACAAAGACGUAUUAUGCGUCGAAAUAGCUGCUUUGUGUCAUGACUUGGGUCACGGACCAUUUUCUCAUUUUUUCGACAAUCUAUUUAUUCCCGAAAUUGAACCUGGUUCUCAAUGGAAACACGAACUCGCCUCCGUUGAAAUGUUCCAACACAUCUUGAAUGAAAACGAAAGCGUUAGAAACGAUUUCCGCAAAGCAGGUUUGGAUGGCAAAGAUGUAAAUUUUAUUAAAAAUUUAAUGAAUCCUAUUCAGGAAUUCGUUGCCAAUGAAGACCAUACAGGUAGAGGUGUUGAUAAAGCAUAUCUUUACAACAUAGUUGCCAACAAAGAGAACGGCGUAGAUGUUGAUAAAUGGGACUAUUUUGCGAGAGACUGUCAUCAUCUUGGUUUAACAAACCAAAUAGAUCAUAAAAGGAUAAUUAAAUUCGCCCGGGUCCUAACAAUAGACGACAAAAGGACGGAAAUAUGUUUCAGAGAUAAAACUGCACUGAAUUUCUACCACAUGUUCCGCUCCAGAUUUGAACUUCAUUGUCUUGCCUAUAAACACAAAGCUGUUGCUUCCAUGAAUGAAAUGCUGAAAGAUGCUUUCGUUCAGGCAGACAACUACAUCCGACGGCAGGGGAAAUAUUUCUUACUUACUCUUUCUAAAGCCAGACACGAUAUGACAGCCUACACCCAGCUCACAGACGGCGUGUUUGACGAAAUCUUGUAUUCUAACGAAACAAGUUUACAAACGGCAAAAGAGAUUUUAAUCCGAAUACACCAAAGGAAACUUUAUAAAUUUGUGGGUGAGAAAUCUUUCAAUUGUGAAGUUGAUUGUAAAAAGAUUCUGCAUGAAAUCGUGCCAGAUGACCAAGAACUUGUCGAUCAGUUGGUUAUUUAUAAAUUCAAGCUUGAUUAUACGAGCGGAGAUGACGAUCCAGUUCAUAAGAUACAUUUCUAUUCCAAACACUCCGUCAACCAGGUUCUGCCUCAUGUCCAACUGCCUUAUUCUUCUGUCAUUCCGAAAGCUUUUUCAGAAAGACUUAUUUAUAUAUUUUGCAAAAAUGAUGAUUUUCUGGAAAAAGCUAAAUUUCUUUUUAAUUCUUGGUUUGAGAAAACCUGUACAGUUUAAUCUGUUUGGGUGUGGCAGCUUGUUUUAAGUAAUUUGGUUUAUGUUGUAUUUAAUUUUAUGUUUUUGUUUUAAAGGUUGAAAUUUCUAAAUGUUGUCCUUAAAUAUUCUGUGGCAGUAAGUUCUUCAAUUUGUCGAGAUCGUAACAGUUAGAGUCCGAGGCAAAUAGCCUGCAUACACAUAUUUCAAAUAUCUUGAAUAACAAAUUGUCUUAUUUUAGAUAUGAAUAAAAUCUAAUUUAUUUUCACAAA